AUGGUCGAUCGACUCGUGAAUAGUGAAGUCAACGCUCGGAGAAUGGCUAAUGUAGAGCAAUGCUUCGGCAAAAUGGGUGAACCACUAGCCCAGUUUGGACGUGUUCUUGUUGGUGAAGGUGUGCUUGUAAAAAUGUGUCGGAAGAAACCAAAACAACGUCAAUUUUUCCUCUUCAACGACAUUCUAGUUUAUGGAAAUAUUGUGAUUUCGAAAAAACGAUAUAACAAGCAAAGAAUCCUACGCUUGGAAGGCGUACAAGUAGAAGAUCUUGAAGAUGAUGGAGCUCAAAAGUAUGGAUGGAUCAUUAAAACACCUGCGAAAUCAUUUGCUGUUUAUGCUGCCACUGAAACGGAAAAACGAGAAUGGAUGUUGCACGUUGAGAGAUGUGUUUCUGAUCUUCUUGAGAGAGGAAACAAACAAGCAGCUACUGCGCAUGCUGCGGUGUGGAUUCCAGACGGAGAAGCAACGAAAUGUAUGGUCUGUGGGAAGACACAAUUUAAUUUGGUUCAAAGAAGACAUCAUUGUCGAAGCUGUGGACGUGUCGUAUGUGGAUCGUGCUCUUCCAAAUCUUUCCGCAUUGAUAACGUCAAUAAAAAGCCGGUUCGAGUCUGUGAUCAUUGCUUCGACAGCUUGAGUACUACUACGCCGGGACAAGAAGGAUCAGAAGCGAAGACUGGAAAUCGUUUGCAUCAUGAAGAUUCUUCAUCUGAGAGUGAAGAUGAGGCGAAUAAUAGCGGACGAUCAAGUAACGAAAGCCGACCUACUUUCUAUCGGGAAGAUGUUCAACAGCCAAAUGUAUAA